CUCCCUCCUUCUGGUGCGGUGGUCGCAAGAACAGUCCGGCAUUGCGACAGACGAGUCUUUUUUCCUAGAAUCUAUGUGAUAAGCACGGGCCCAGAACUGAUAAAUUGCAAUCUUUGGAAAAAAAUAAAGGAUAUAAAGAGAAGGCGAUUCGUCGGGGAACGGAAAACAGUAAUUGAUUCACCACUGGAUUCAGUGCAAGCGAAAGUCGACGAGGAAAACACGAUGGAGGACCUAACCAUAAAUGAGCUGUACACGUCGGACAAGCGCGGCGACGACGCCACCGGCACCGGAACGUCGGACAAGCCCUUCAAGACGAUCCUGGCGGCGAUGAAGCACGCCGGCAAGGAACCCUUCCCGACGAUCUACGUGGACGCGAAGGACGAAAAGUCCGAAUCGCCGUACGAGGUGGCGGCCAAGUCGCAGCUGAAGAAGAUCCAAAAGCUGUGGGCGCGGGACAACUCGAAGAACGCGGACAAGGCCAAGCGCGAGGAGGAGGACGCCAAGAAGCGCGAGCAAAAUCUGGAGGAGGCCCGGAAGGUGGUGAUCGCGGAGGAUCCCUCGUGGGCACCGGCCAAGGCGGUUAAGAUUUCGAAGGGCGGUGAGAACCGUGGCAUUCGGGUGAAGAUUUACGGCUGGGUGCACCGGCUGCGUCGCCAGGGAAAGGGGCUGAUGUUUGUGACGCUGCGGGACGGAACGGGAUUCUUGCAGUGCGUGUUGACCGACGCUCGGUGUCAGACGUACAACGCCGUGGUGUUGUCUACCGAGUCUUCGGUGAGGUUGUUUGGUACGUUGAAGGAAGUGCCGGAGGGUAAGACCGCUCCGGGGGGACAUGAGCUGCACGUGGAUUAUUGGGAGCUGAUCGGGUUGGCCCCGGCCGGUGGCGCGGAUACGUUGCUCAACGAGGACGCCAACCCGGAUGUGCAACUGGACAACCGUCACAUCAUGAUUCGUGGCGAAAACACGUCCAAGGUGCUCAAGAUGAGGGAUGUCAUCAUGCAGGCGUUCCGUGCCCAUUACCAGGACCGUGGUUACACCGAGGUGACUCCGCCGACGUUGGUCCAGACGCAGGUUGAGGGCGGUUCGACGCUGUUCAAGCUAAACUACUUUGGUGAAGAGGCUUUCUUGACGCAGAGCUCGCAGCUGUAUCUGGAGACGUGCAUUCCGGCGUUGGGCGAUGUGUUCUGCAUUGCUCAGAGCUACCGUGCCGAGCAGAGCCGCACGCGUCGUCACUUGGCCGAGUAUAGCCACGUUGAGGCGGAAUGUCCGUUCAUUUCGUUUGACGACUUGCUCGAUCGCCUGGAGGAUCUGGUUGUGGAUACGGUUGAUCGCGUCCUCAAGUCGCCGCACGGUCACCUGGUGCAGGAGCUCAACCCGGGCUUCGUUCCGCCGAAGAGACCGUUCCGUCGGAUGAACUACUCGGAAGCGAUCGUUUGGCUGAAGGAAAACAACGUCACCAAGGAGGACGGCACGUUCUACGAGUUUGGCGAGGACAUCCCGGAGGGUCCGGAACGAAAAAUGACCGACACCAUCAACGAGCCGAUUAUGCUGUGCCGCUUCCCGGCCGAAAUCAAGUCCUUCUACAUGGCCAAGUGCCCCGAAGAUCUUCGUUUGACGGAGAGCGUGGACGUCCUGCUGCCGAACGUGGGCGAGAUCGUGGGCGGAUCGAUGAGGUCCUGGGACAACGAGGAACUGCUCGCGGGGUACAAGCGCGAAGGAAUCGACCCCAAGCCGUACUACUGGUACACGGACCAGCGCGUCUACGGAACUCAACCGCACGGUGGCUACGGCCUUGGGCUGGAGCGUUUCAUGUGCUGGCUGCUGAACCGCUACCACAUUCGGGAGGUUUGCCUGUACCCGAGAUUCCUGGAGAGAUGCCGGCCUUAGAGGGGGCAGGACGCAAAAGCAUUUACGGAGUUCCGCGGUAAGCUUGUCGCAUUUUGUUUUCUUUCCACUAUUACAGCAAUGCAUUUCAUUGAUUCAAUGAAUAUAAUAAUUUAGCUUGCAAGGCUAAGCAAAGGAA